AUGUCUAACACUUUAUUUGAUGAUGUAUUUACAGUGACAGAAACCGAUCCGGGUCGUUAUAAUAGAAUCUCUCGUAUCGAAGCCAUAUCAACCACUCAAGAACAAUGUAAAUUGACACUAGAUAUAAAUAUUGAACUAUUCCCAGUACAACCACAAGAACAAUUAACAGUUACUCUAGCUUCUUCUUUGGAUAUCGACUCUAAUAACGAUGGCAGUAACAGUAGUAGCACUGGCAGCAAGACUAACAGUUGGAGACCUCCACAACCAAAUGAAAGAUCGUUGGCUGAUGAUUAUGAUUAUGUCAUGUAUGGUACAGCCUAUCGAUUUGAAGAAGUUGCUAAAGAUAUCAUUGCUGUCUAUUAUUCCUUUGGUGGUCUUUUGAUGAGAUUGGAAGGUAACUACAGAAACUUAAAUACCUUAAAACAAGAAAAUGCAUACUUAUUAAUCCGUCGUUAA